UCUUUAUGUUUUAUGAGCAUCACACCCAGGGAUUGCCCCCAAAAGUUGUGCCUAAAUUUCCCAGCUGGUCUGGAAAAUCUGGUUUGCAGGGCAGGCACACCGGAAACUGCACGACUCACGGCGCUGGGCCACCAGGGGGCGCCAGGCAAGCAGCGACCAGAGCAGCGCGAUGGCUGCGGCAAGGUUACUGCUGCGCCUGGCCGGACGCCUAGAGUCAGUGAACUUCACGCAGAGUGUGUGUGGUCUCCUGGGCGCCGGACAGGGACCCGGGCCGUGGCACACGCACUGCAGCUUGGAGCGAGGACAGCUUGUCCUUUCCAGCCAUUCAUUCCCCGGCGCCUCGGAGAGACUUCUAAUCCAGAGACCCCCUUUCUGCCCUUUUGUGGCUCUGGACCAGAAGCCUGGGGGCUCCAGGACGGAGCUGCCCACAGAUAGAGGUGUGGAUGUGGGUGUGGCCGUUAUUCUUCAGUCCAGUGACCAGACUGUCUUGUUGACCCGAAGGACAUGCACUCUCCGCAUUUCCCCCAACGUCUGGGUCCCUCCAGGUGGCCACAUGGAACUUGAGGAGGAGGUCCUGGAGUGUGGCCUUCGAGAGCUGCAGGAAGAGUGUGGGCUUCAGCUGCCCCUGGCCCAGGUCUCUUGUGUCCUUCUGGGGUUGUGGGAGUCUGCCUACCCUCCUAGGCUGAGCUGGGGUUUCCCCAAAUACCAUCACCUCAUUCUCUAUGUUCUCGUGAUAUCCCGGGAGUCACAGCAGCAGCUCCAGGCCCGGAUCCAAAUAAACCCAAAUGAGGUGAGUGCCUUCAUGUGGCUGGGGCCAGAUGUAGCGACAGCUGUGGCCGCCACAGAAGAUGGCACUGAGACCCCCAGACUUCUCCAGACCCUACCAUCCUCUCUCUGUGCAACCGAACUGAAGGACGAUGGAGGAACCCAGCCUCUGGUCCUGCCCAUGUCCACACUCCUGCGGACAACCCCGACCUCAGCAGAGGACAAAGAGCGGGUCAGCGCUGGAACCAAGUUUGCUCUCAGGCUCUGGCUGCAACAUCUGGGCAGCUGAAGGUAAAAGUGAUGUUUACAUGGAGCCCGGACCAGCAGAGGAAGGAUUGGGGUCUGUGAGAUGCUGGAUCUACACACUUCCACUGUAAAAACCUGAGACCUGAGUUCAGUGCCUAGAAUCUCCUUCUGGUGGCAGGAGGGCUCCUACUCCAAAAAGCUGUCCCCUAUUGUCCACAUGCCAAGCAAAGGCACAUAUGCCCAAAUACGCAGUAAUAAAAA